UCAAAGCAGCGAAUUUGCGGAUUUGAAAUCAAGAGAAGAGGAGGCUAAAGAACUUGAAAAACUUAAGGAAAAUGCUUGUCCUUGUCAAAUUAAGCAUACUACCGAUGAUACUGCUGGAAAAGUCAAUAUUUUAUUACAAGCAUACCUAUCAAAUGCUAAUAUUGAAAAUUUUGCUUUAAUAUCUGAUUCAGCGUAUAUGGUACAGAUUACAAGUCGCAUAGUUCGAGCUUUAUUCGAAAUUGCUUUGAGUCGUAACUGGGCUCAAGUUUUGUCCAUUUUAUUAGAUUUAUGUAAAUGUAUUGUUCAACGUAUGUGGACGUAUGAGAAUCCUUUGGCUCAAUUUAAACUGCCUCGAGAGACUAUAAUGAAGCUUCAAAAUAAUUCACAUAUCCCUUCAUUAGAGGACAUGAGAGAUAUGUCCUCGGCUGAUCUUGGACAAUUAGUUAGGCAGAAUAACAUGGGAACUUAUAUUUCUAAAUGUGUAAACAUGUUUCCAAUGCUUAGAUUGGAAGCACAAGUUGCACUGAUUACACAACCAUGGUGGAUAUUCGUCGAGGAUUCUGAAAAUAUUGAAUUAUAUCAUUCAGAAUAUUUUAUAUUAAACAGGAAGCAACUUGAUGAAACUCAAAAGAUUAGGUUUGCAAUUCUAAUCCAAGGAUUACCUCCUCAAUUAUAUAUUUGUGUCAUAUCAGAUAGGUGGAUAGGAGCUGAGGCAUUUCUUCCAAUUUCUUUAAACAAUUUAGUUUUGCCUAAAAAUUAUCAUCAAUAUACAGAAUUGUUGAAUUUAAUUCCAUUACCUGUAACUGCUCUUAAGAAUAAAACACUUGAAGAGAUAUGUUUUAAGAGAUUUACUCAUUUCAAUCCUGUACAGACUCAGGUAUUUGAAAUACUUUAUAAUUCUUUAACAAAUGUAUUGGUUGAGGCACCUACAGGAUCAGGAAAAACGGUUACUGCUGAGUUAGCAAUGUGGUGGGCAUUUCGUGAACAUCCACGUUCUAAAGUAGUCUACAUCGCUCCAUUAAAAGCUUUAGUUCGCGAACGU